AUGGCUCCUCCUGAAGUGAAUGGAUCUGCUGGAGCUGCUGCUGCUGCUGGUGGGGCCCUGAAUAAGAAAGGUUCGGAGCCUGUUACGCCAAGGACGCCUUUCAACGGGGUCCAAGGCCCUUUCGGUGUGGAGGACAUUGCUGCAUUGUCGGCGAAGACGUCUGCGCUUCGAAUCGAUGAUCUGCAAAAGGACGAGAAGGAAAAGCUCAAGGCAUCAGCGGAGGCUCCAGGGAAGCACCAGCCUUCAACGUCCGGGGUUCAGCAGAACGGGAAGGAAGCGGCUAAAGAAGCAGAGGAGGAAGACGGUUACCUCAGCGACGACCCUGACGAGUGCCAGGACCCAGGGGUGAUUAAUGAUAUCGCGACGCAGGCGGGCUUCGCUAUUAUGCUCCUUAUCCCGUUCAAAUGGGUGGAGGAAGUCCCGCGUACGAUCGGCACGGUCCAAGAGCUGCUCAGGCUGUGGGAGGGUCACAUGACGACGGUUGCCAAGACGACGACUAAGUUUCACAAGCUGUCGCCGACGUGGCUCUCCAAGCAGCAUUUCGGCCGUCUUCAAGUUGUUUUCGCACAUGCUGCGGAUGCGAAUUUCAUGUGGAGCAGGAAAGGGGAACAUGAGACGGUGACCAAGCUCCGGUUGACGCUGGGCUGGCAGCAUCCAGAGAAUCAAGAGUACGUGAGGGAGCGUUCGGCGAGGCAGGAGGCGAUUGAGGUGCUGUUGAAAGGUGUCCCGGCGGUCAUCUCGCCGGAGAUGGUCCGAAAGAGCCUCGUGACAGCGACUCUGUUGAAGCGCAAGCGUACGGCGUUCCUGGAGGGGGUGGCUUUUCACAGGGUGGUGGAUCCGGUGACAGGGUCAGACACGGACAAGAUCAAGGGGCUGGUCUUUCGCCACCCCGGGGAUAAGUAUAAGUGGUGGCACAAGGUGUCGGACAAGAUCCACGGCACAGAUCUACUGGUUUCUUUCCCCGCUCUCACCUGCUCGUUUUGCAACGGCAUGCACAUGUCCUGUUUUCAUGAUGACUAUGUGACGGAGAGGCAGGACAUUUUCACCAGGUGGAACUUACCGCUGGAGCGGGUGCACGAGAUGAACGCGGCCUCACUGAAGCUGACCUCAGCUACAAAGGCCAUCAUGGAAGACCCGGCGAUGGUGUUUACCUCCACCAGCGGGAUUCGGGAGGAGUGGUUGUGCGUCCAGGAGGGCUGCGAGAAGGCACAUGGCGUCAGUUUCGCGCAGGCUGCAGAGCAUGCGGCAUCGGUCCGCCAUUGCACCGAGCGUCUCAAGGCAGGGUCAGCGACCCGUCGGAGCAAGGGGAAGCUGAAUCUGCUGGCGGUCAGGAAGGAGUUCGGGAUGUAA